AUGAUUUCUUCACCGAUUAGCGAUGUCGCAGAAGCUCAACUAAAACGCAAAUUGCCUCAUCGACUUUCAAUUAUUCGUGAAUUCGCUUUGAAUACAACAGCACAUGCUUUACCAGGAAUAGCUCGGAGUGAAAGUUUACAUAAUCGUAUUUUUUGGUCUCUUUCAUUCAUCAGUUUUACUGGUAUAAUGAUGUAUUUUGUUGUCAAAGCGAUCUUGGCUUAUUUCGAUUAUCCAACAAGUAUGGAUACAAGUUUCAUUAGUGAAUGGCCCCAAGAAUUUCCAGCAUUUAGCUUCUGUAAUAUCUCACCACUUCGCUUCGAUCUAUUUCGGGAACCUUUCGAAAACUACUCCAUCAUGAGAAAUAUGACAACUGGAAAUGGUAGUAUAUGGGACUCAGUUACAUUUUUAGACCUUACAAAAUUUCUCAUAGAGUCUUUGAAUAGAAACGAAACACUCGAUAAAUAUUCCUAUUCACUUUCAUCGAUGAUGUACAAAUGUUCAUUUAAUGAUAUACCAUGCUCAGUGAAUGAUUUCAUUCCGUUUACAUCAUUCGUCUACGGUCUCUGCUAUACAUUCAAUGCAGCAUUGCAAAAUAAUACCGAUCGAGCUAUAGUUUAUGCAAACCAAGAUGGUGGUGAUGGGAAACUCUCUAUAGGUCUUUACAUACAUAGUCAUCAGUAUGUACCUUCUCUAAUGGAAGGAUUUGGUGCUGUUGGUCUACUUCAUGAUAAUACACAACUGCCAAGUAUUGAAUCAGCUGGUGUUGAAUUAGCGUCAGGAAAAAGACAUAAGCUGGGAUAUAGAAAGAAGACAACUCAUCUACUAUCUUCGCCUUACACAGCAUGCACUGAUAAAAGAC